ACUAGUGCUGACGUUGGAACUACGCACGCGCCUUAAAACUGAAAUAUUAUACGGAUAUUAAACAUCGGACAUUGAGGAACAUUAAGCGUUAACGGCCACCUUAUAACGUGUUCAGUUUUCUUAAUUUAUCAAUAUAAUAGUUCGACCCAUGUGUUCAAUAUAGUGGAUAUAGGUAACGAGACAUUGACUAAACGACAAAAAAAACAGCUUGAUACAAAAUAUAGCACUGUAAUGAAUUCUUUACAGAGUGGGAUCAUUUUGCAAUGUGUUUUCGUGAUGAUGGUCAUCGGACAACCGUUUAAUCCAUUUACCUUUCUUCCAGGAGGAAGAGGAGGUACGUUCGGUAGUUUUUACCUCGGAACUCUGUUCGGUCCAGGCGGCUUUGCCGGUGGUGCUCUUUCAGGAGGUGGUGGCGCGCAGACCGGAAAUGGCGCUCCAAGAGGCGCGGCUUGGGCUGGAAUGGAUAUGUUCAGAACAGCAGUGGCAGCGAGAGGGGCGGGAGCUGCCGGAAUUGUGCAGCCUAGGAAACCAGGUCGUCCACUUGUAUCAGGCAUGGAUGCCAACCUGGUCGCCGAUCUGAUGGGCGGUCGUCCGGGACCGCUCCCAAUUGACAUCGCACAGGAAGCGGCGGAACUGCGCGCGAAGGGCUGGACCUCGGACCAGAUCUCCGACACACUGGGAGACAAGAUGCAGCUGCGCUUCAAUGUCCCCAUAGCUAAAGCGGCGGGAAGCACAACUAUGUCGACAGCGUCUGGAGGAGCAGCGGGCAUGGACGCUAAUCUGGUUGCCGAACUUAUGGAAGGCCGCCCAGGACCACUUCCGAUGGACAUCGCACAGGAAGCGGCGGAGCUGCGCGCGAGGGGCUGGACCUCGGACCAGAUCUCUGACACGCUUGGAGACAAAAUGCAGCUGCGCUUCAGUAACCUCAUGGCGGCAGUGGCGUAAAGCUCGGAGCUUGGAGUA